CGCGUAGGCGGCGCUGCGUGUGCGUCCUCACGCCGAUGCGCGCCGCCGACGGAGGAGGCCUCUGGACCACGGCCUCUCCAUCAGAGAAAAAGAUGAAAAUGGUGAAAACUCAUUAAGCAGUUCCUCCGACAGUCGUGAAGACAAGGAUGAAGAAAUAAGUGAAGAAAGCGAUAUCGAAGAAGAGACGGAAGUGAAAGAAGAGCGGCAGCUCUAAACAAAAAGGGAAAUGGAAGAAAGAACAAUAACUCUAGAAAUCCCUGAAGUUCUGAAGAAGCAGCUGGAGGAUGAUUGUUACUACAUUAAUCGGAGGAAAUGGUUAGUGAAACUUCCAUGUCACACUAAUAUCAUAGGGAUUUUGGAAUCCUAUGUGAAGCAUUUUGCUGUCAGUGCAGCCUUUCCAGCCAGUGAAAGACCGCCUCAGCGUCACACUAUGCCACAUGCCAACAUGAACGUGUCUUUUAUCCCAGCAGAAAAGAAUGUUGACCUUUGUAAGGAGAUGGUGGAUGGAUUAAGAAUAACCUUUGAUUACACUCUCCCGUUGGUUUUACUCUAUCCGUAUGAACAAGCUCAGUAUAGAAAGGUGACUUUGUCUAAGUUUUUCCUUCCAAUUAAGGAAAGUGCCACAAACACUAAUCGGAGCCAGGAGAAGCCCUCUCCCAGCCCAUGUCUGUUGAAUCCAUCCACACCUCAGUCUACAGAGAGUCAGUCGACCACCAGUGAACCAGCAACCCCCAGAAAGCGCAAAGCAGAGCCGGAAGCAUUGCAGUGUCUAAGGCGGUCCUCACGCCAUGCCGCCAACUGUGACGGGCUUUCUAAGAGCAGCGCCUCACCUCAGCCCAAGCGCUGGCAGCAGGAUAUGUCAGCCAGCAUGCCCAAGCUGUUCCUGCACCUGGAAAAGAAGACACCUGUGCAUAGCAGAUCAUCUUCACCCAUUCCUCUGACUCCUAGCCAGGAAGGGAGUGCUGUGUUUGCUGGCUUUGAAGGGAGAAGAACUAAUGAAAUAAAUGAGGUCAUGUCCUGGAAGCUUGUGCCUGACAAUUAUCCACCAGGUGACCAGCCGCCUCCACCCUCUUACAUUUACGGGGCACAACAUUUGCUGCGACUGUUGGUAAAACUUCCAGAAAUUCUUGGGAAAAUGUCCUUUACUGAGAAGAAUCUGAAGGCUUUAUUGAAGCAUUUUGAUCUCUUUGUGAGGUUUUUAGCAGAAUACCACGAUGACUUCUUCCCAGAGUCAGCUUAUGUCCCUGCUUGUGAGGCUCAUUACAGCAUGAAGAACCCCCCAGGCAAUUUAUUAAAAUGUUGAUUGUUCUGUAAGAACAACUGCUCCAUCUAGCUUGGCAUUCUGAGUUCCAGGUAAACAACUAACAAGGUGGGCCUUUACCCAAAGCACAAACACAACACUCACCUGGGGGCUCUGAUAGAGGUGUGCCAUGUUGUUUGAGUUGUCCACAUACUGUUAGUUAUUCUGUGUAGAAUUAUCUUCUAGGUGCCUGAAAGUGUUCUGCCAUUACGCUUGUACUUUGCAGGCCAUCAGUGAUGGCAGGAAAAACCAGCUGUGUUCACAGUUCCUAAGUGUACACAGCCAUUUCAGUAGACAUUGCAGUUAGCAAGAACCACAUUGUUUCUUAGUUAGCAUUAGGCAAAAUUUUUUUUGCAAAUUGGUUUCAUUCUCUCGAUGAAGCUGAGCAACACUGUCCAACAAGGUUUAGUUUGUACUUGAAAACUGCAAAGUAAUCUCAAAGUAUUCUAGAGGGAAUCAAUAUUGAUGGCAAAAGAAAAUUUGCCGCUAUCCAUUUGCUUCUAACGGUUCCUUCUCUGUGAAACACUAUUUUUGGUGAUCUAAAGAAAGGAUUGCCUUUCUUGUUUGCAAUUUUACAGCUAUACUUUUUUGUGUAAUGUUAUGGUUCCCUUUUUUGUAAAAUGUUCUUUUUGGUAAUCUAAAUAAAGCCUGUCUUUUUUGAGAAAAAGUUAAAUCAGAGCCAUAAGUACAGAUAUAAUGAUUGGAAUAUAAGAAAAUGCUAUGUAUUCAUUUAGACCAGUAAAUCUGAAAGUCUUGAAAAAAUGAAUGACUACUUAGGAAAAUAUGUGUUAUAUAAACUGGCUCCCCUCGAAAAAGUAGGUAUUCCUCAUUGUGACAACUGACAACCCCAAAGAUAGAAAUUAAAACUAACCCACAUAUUUAUUGCACACUAUCAGUGCUGACAUUUUAACAUAAAUUUUAGACCACAUAAGCGUUAGCCUUUAGAGUCAGAAAUUCCUUAGGUGCUAGCCCACAAAUUGCCACAUAAGAGAAGACAGAAAAUAUGUCACUUUCUGUCAUUCUAACAGAAAGUCCCCUAGAGGCAUAUCUUCCCAUUGUGACUUCAGUAGCAUCAAAUAGGAAAGUGAUAAUACCAUGAGGGAAUGAUGUGCCACCCACAAUAUCUGACAAAGCUGGAUGUAUUUUUGGCUAGUUAAUUUGAGCAAACCCCGUAAGUGUCCAGAUGCAUUCUUCCUAGAUUAUCAUAAUUCUCUUGCAUGUCCCUGAAUGGAUAAGCUAUGUCACAGGGCUAAGAAGUUGAACUGUGCUCUAAGUGUGAGAUACACACUGGAUUUUGAAGACUUGGUAUAUAAAAAUAAAUGUAACAUAUCUCAACAAUUUUCAGCAUUGGUUAAAUGUUGAACUGACAAUAUUUUAGAUAAAUUGGGUUAAAUAAAAUGUUACAAAAAUA